AUGACAACAAGUGGUGUAAACCUUGGUUGGAGUUUGCCAAAUUCUGUUAGUCCGUCAAGAUUAUUACAAGCCUCUAAUUCUUUAAGUGAAGCUAAUCGUAAAUAUAAUAAAGAAAAAAUCAAAAAUAAUGGCUCCAUCAAACAAGUUCGUGUGGGUCCUUUAUUUAAAUUAAAAUUAUAUUAUAUGUUUACCGCUUCCGUUAGGCCAAAGUCUGUUGCUGAUUUUACUUGGAAAGAAGAAUAUACAAAAUGCGAUGUUGCGGUUUAUAGAAUCUGUGCUGAUGAUAACAACAUCAAUAGAAAGAAAAAAAAGAAAAAACUGGAAUAUGUUUAUGAAUUGGUUUUAAUUGAAGAUCUUAAUGAUGGUAGAUAUCAUGAUGAGUUUGAUAUUGAAGAUCCAAAGAAACAAAAAGAAAUCAAAUCAAAAUUAGAAAAGCCUAAUGUUAGUAUUCCUGGAAAAAUCAAAAGAAUUCCUGUCACUUCAAUAUCACGAUUAUUUUAUAAUUCUUCUGGUUCUUUGUUAAACAUUGAAGAAUCAAAAUCUCCUGUUCUUGUGCUCAAAGUCAUGAAAAGCUUAUCGUCAUCCAAAUCAAAUCUGAAUAAUAAUUACGAUAAAGAGGAAGAG